CCAAAAAGAAACAAGCGUCUUGAGAGGAUCCCGAGUUCCUAGAUCAAAAUACAGCUGGAAACAUGAGCAACCGCCUAGAGACCAAGUACGAGAACCUGAGCAGCAUCUUCCGGCUCAAGGGACACGAUUACCAGAAGCAGUUCUGCCACCUGUAUGCUCACCGCCUGGCCGAGAUGACGCGCCUCCUGACGCCGCUGGCCCAGAAAAAGUGGGGCAGCAAGGAGCCCAUCAAGAAGCUGUGCGAGCUGCGCGGCGAACAGGACGUCCACUGCAUCCUGAUUGGCACCAUCUUCAAGCACCAGGCCCACAAACCCAGCAUUCUGCGUGACAUUUCCGAGGAGAACCAGUUGGCUCCACAGCCGCCGCGACAGAAUUACUCGGAGCCGGAGGACAAGAUUGUGCUGGAGGACGAGCUGCAGCGGGUGCGUCUCCAAGGCGAACUGAAGCCCGAGCUCCUGGCCACCGGCGUUGUGUGCGCCGCCCUCGGAGGCACCGACAGCGAGGGAUUCUUCAAUGUAAAAGACAUGCUCUUCUACGAAAGUGGCCCGCAGAAGCCAUUGGCCAUGACUAAGAGGAGCCGCCUCCUAGUGCUCGCUUCGGGAUUGGACCAACUGCAGGCCCACAACUUUGUGGAGGCCCUUAAUCUCUUCCAGUACUGGCUGGCUGGGAGUCUGGGCAACGCCAAGGAGGCAGGCUCCAUGGUGCGUUUGAUAGUGGCUGGGAACUCCGUGCGAGCGAGUGCAGUGGCCCAUGUGCCCACGCUCCAGGUGGCCCGCACCCAGGCGAAUGCCAACGAUACCGUCCAGGCUGUGACCCAAUUGGAUCAGUGGUUUGCCUCGUGGGCAAGGAGUUUACCAGUGGAUGUAAUGCCGGGAGCCUAUGACCCAGCCAACUUUAUGCUGCCCCAGCAGCCCUUCCACAAGUGCAUGUUCCCCCAGGCCGCUCAGUUGGCCUCCUUCCAGGCGGUGAUCAAUCCCUACAACUGCCGGCUGGACGAGGCUUUGGUAAUAGGAACCUCUGGCCAGAAUGUAUCCGAUCUGCUGCGCAGCACCUCGCUGGAAUCUCCGCUGGAGGCUUUACGAUGCACCCUCACCUGGGGCCACAUUGCGCCCACUGCGCCGGACACUCUGGCCUGCUAUCCCUACAUCGACAGCGAUCCCUUCAUCCUGCGCGAGUGUCCGCAUGUGUAUUUCGCCGGCAACUGCGAGUCCUUUGCCACGGAGCUUCAUGAGGAUUCCUCUAAGAAGAAACGCACGCGCCUGGUGUGCGUGCCCAGCUUCAGCCGGACGCAGAGCGUGGCCGUGGUGGACCUGGACACCCUGGACUGCCGCCAGGUCAACUUCAGCGUGGAUACAGAAUAA